AAGUCUUGCUUCACACUCCAGCUCGGUAGGUGGCGGUAUGGCACCUGUAGUUGGUCUGCCAGCCGCCAUUAAAUCCAAUAGAAGAAGAGCCCACUCAGCAGCAGCAGCCGUAUUAUUAUAACAGAGAUUUCUCUGCUGAAGAAAGUAAUGAUCUCCUGUUCUUCUCCUGUUGCUGGUACACAUUUAGUUCCACAAAUGCAAAGAAUCUUCAUCAAGAAGAACUAUUAAAACUGGAAGAUUCAGAAUGAGAGAAUAUGAUGUCGAUAGACUCCAGUACCCUAAAAACAUUCCCUGCUACUCAACACACCAAUGCAUCUCCUGGACAAACUAAAGAGAAAUCUCACCAGUGCUCUGAGUGUGGAAAGUGGUUUACUAGUCAGUGUAUUCUCCAAACACACCAGCGUGUUCACACUGGAGAGAAACCCUUUCACUGCUCAGUCUGUGGGAAGAGUUUUAGUCAGCAGGGUAGUCUCCGAACACACCAGCGCAUUCACACUGGAGAAAAACCUUAUGAGUGCUCAGACUGUGGGAAACGUUUUAAUCAGCAGGGUCAUCUCCAAUUACACCAGUGUAUUCACACUGGAGAGGAACCGUAUUAUUGCUCAGAGUGUGGGAAGAGUUUUAGUGCGAGAGGUUCCCUGACAAAACACCAGCGCAUUCACACUGGAGAGAAACCGUAUCACUGUUUAGAGUGUGGAAAGAAAUUUAGACUGAGUGGUGCCCUCACAAAACACCAGCGCAUUCACACUGGAGAGAAACCAUAUCAGUGCUCAGAGUGUGGAAAGUGUUUUACUACACAAUGUAAGCUUCAGGCACACCAGCGAAUUCACACCGGAGAUAAACCUUACCUCUGCUUGGAAUGUGGGAAAAGUUUUGGUACACAGGGAAAUCUGCUAAAACAUCAGCGCAUUCACACUGGCGAGAAACCAUAUCACUGUUCAUAUUGUAGGAAGAGCUUCAAUCACCAGGUUUCUCUGCAAAAACAUCAGCGCAUUCACACUGGAGAGAAACCACAUUCCUGCUUAGCGUGUGGAAAGAGGUUUAGAGAAAGGCAUACCCUGAUGGUACACCAGCGCAUUCACACUGGAGAAAGGCCGUAUCAGUGUUCCAAGUGUGACAAGAGUUUUAAACACCAGAUUUCUCUACGAAUACAUCAGCUCAUUCACACUGGAGAGAAACCGUUUUCUUGCUCAGAAUGUGGGAAGGGUUUUCGAGAGAGAGGUUCCCUGAUUGUGCACCAGCGCAUUCACAGUGGAGAGAAACCGUAUCCCUGCUCAGAGUGUGGGAAAACUUUUAGAGUGAGUGGUUCCCUUAUAAAACACCAGCGCAUUCACACUGGAGAUAAACCAUAUCACUGUUCGGAGUGUAAAAAAGGUUUUACCACACAGUGUUCUCUCCAAAAUCACCUGCGCAGUCAUACUGGAGAAAUACCUCAUCGCUGUUUGGAGUGUGGGAAAAGUUUUAGUACACACGGUAAUCUUCAAAUUCACCAGAGCAUUCACAAUGGAGAGAAACCGUAUCACUGCUUAAUUUGUGGGAAAAAAUUUUGUCAAAAGGGUAAUCUUCAAACUCACCAACGUGUUCACACGGGAGAGAAACCGUAUCAGUGCUCAGACUGUGGGAAGAGUUUUAGUCAGCAGGGUCCUUUUCAAAUACACCAGCGCAUCCACACUGGAGAGAAACCGUAUCCCUGCACAAAGUGUGGGAAGACUUUUAGAGUGAGUGGUGCCCUUAUGAACCACAAGCGCAUUCACACUGAAAAGAAACUGUUUUCCUGCUCAGAGUGUGGGAAGACUUUUAGACUGAGUGGUGCCCUUAUGAAACACCAGCUCAUUCACACUGGAGAGAAACCAUAUCACUGCUCGGAGUGUGGAAAAGUUUUUACCACACAGUGUUCUCUUCAAAAUCACCUGCGCAGUCAUACUGGAGAAAUACCUCAUCGCUGUUUGCAGUGUGGGAAAACUUUUAGUACACACGGUAAUCUUCAAAUACACCAGCGCAUUCACAAUGGAGAGAAACCGUAUCACUGCUCAGUUUGUGGGAAAAGUUUUAGUCAGAAGGGUAAUCUUCAAACUCACCAACGUGUUCACACGGGAGAGAAACCGUAUCAGUGCACAGACUGUGGGAAGAGUUUUAGUCAGCAGGGUCCUUUUCAAAUACACCAGCGCAUUCACACUGGAGAGAAACCCUAUCAAUGCUUGGAGUGUGGUAAGAGUUUUAGGGACAGAAGUAGUCAAAAGUAUCAUAAGCGCAUUCACCAUAGAACAAAUCAGUAAUAUUGCUCUGAUUUUCAGUUUUAAAUUCAGAUACUUACAAAUAUGUUUGGCAGUAAAAUAAUAAGACAUUUUUUAUUUAUAUGGCACCUUCUCUAAGAGCUCAAAGCACUUAAAAACAUUAGGUAAAAACAGAUUGUGUUGUCAUUUUGGAAUUUGUGCUAUGUUUUACAACCUCUUUUUUUCCAAGGCAGUAAUGAAUUGGGUUUUUUUUUUUCGUCAAAAAAUUGCAGUCAUACUGCAGUAAUCAUAUAAACAUAGAGCACACAUAUUUUGUAUACAUCAUUAUAAUUGAAUUCAGUUCACUUCAAAUCUAUUUAUAUUGUGCUUUUUACAAUAGAUGUUCUCACAAAGAAGCUUUACAGAGAUCCAGAUCCAAGCCUCAAUUAAGAAAUGCAAUGGCAGUUGCAAGACUUAAGAAAACUUACUUUUCUUUAGAAUUAUUUGAUUCAUAAUGAAAAGAAAAUCCUAUAAUCGCUGUGUAUUAAUUUGUAUGGGUUUCCUCUGUUCUGUGUAGAGAUCCUAUAAUCGCUGUGUAUUAAUUUGUAUGGGUUUCCUCUGUUCUGUGUAGAGAUGAUUAACCUUUCAACAUAUUUGUAAGAAUGCAUUCAGAAUAAACAUAACACUUGUGAACUGGCCAGAUGAAGAUUGUGUUUUUAGUGAAUGAUAUCUUCAGAGAAGAAAUCAUUCAGGAUUGUGGACCUUUCAAGAGUCAGAACCUUAAUCACCUUCUGCUGUGAUAUGAGGGACUAAAGUUAAGAGGCUUUUCUGGCACACCAACAAUGUACAAUGUACAAAAGUACACAGUGGAGUAAUAUUAUAUUCUCCUGGCACCAUGGUACAACAUGGAGAAACACAAGACAUGUUUAAAGCAUCCUACUUAAGUACAUAAAGGUGAGAUAAGUUGAAUCGUUUUCACUGAGUAAAUGUUCCAGGAAUCUUUAUUUUCAUUUAAUAAUACUCCCAUCACCAUGUUUAAAAGCUACUCUUUUUUUACCUAUUUUAAUCACCUUUAAGUCUAACUGUGCAGACUUUAUUUAAAAAAAUGCCUGCACUUUCUACAUGGUUCAUUUUAAAUGUUAUAAACAUGUUCACUGAAUGCUGUGUGUUUAUACAGGCUGACUAGGCUUUUCCAUUUCCUCAUAUUGAUCAUCACCUGGAAGAACAGGACAAAUCUCAACAAGAAGUUACUGGGUGUAAGGGCUAGAAACCGUGUUCUACACAGUGCAAAGCUCAGAACACCAGACCAGAAGAUACCAUCCUGAAGAAUGUCAUGUGUGGGUACACACACCCCAAUAGCUUGUGAUUACAGAUGGUAUAGUACCACCUUUUCCAGUGCCAGUGUGGAAACCUCGAUCAUUGACUCACUGUUUAAAUACCUGUGGCUUCGGUUAUCACAUGGUCUUCUUUGUCUUGCUUCCUGUUCUGCUACAAACAGUUCUGUGAUAUUGAGAACACACAACCUGCCUUUAAUGUUUUAUCUAAAUUCUGUUCAGUGCUUUUGAUGCCAAAGUGAUAUUUUUUUCUUUUGAUAGUUAAUGUUAAUUCUGUUUUUUUUAUGUUUGGGUUUGUACUGUCAUGCUUGACCAGCUAAAGUAGGGCCACUCAAAGCUGUAAAUAAAAAUAAUGCAUGGAA